AUGGAAUCACUUCCUUUAGAGCAUGAUGCUAUACGUGUAGCAGCAGCAAAAUAUCUGGGAUUUCCUUUAAAAGAAUUUUCUUUGGGUGAAGAUAUUCGACAAAAAUUACAAUUUCAACAAACAUUUAGAACUGGAUAUGCAGUACGUAAAGCAGAAUCAGAAUUAUUUAGGCAGGAUAGAGAAACACGUAAAGAUGCAGCAAAGGUUAUUAUUAUUUUUACUAACAAUCCAAAUAUUUUUAAUGAAAUUAUGCUUGAACAUAAACUAAAUGAAAUAAAAGACUUUAAAAUAUUUAUUGCUUCAAUUAUUGAUAUUAAAGCAAAUAAUUCUAAUUUUGAUGAAAAUAAUGUUUUUAGCCAAAAAGAAUUGCCUCAACUUCGAGAAUCAAUUUUAACAGAAGCAGAACGUGCUAGAGCAUGUUCAAGAAUUGGGGAUGAAGCAUUUAAUGGGCAAAGACGUAAUGGCCCAUCUACAAAUCAACAAAAUAUUGGUAAAGCAAGUAAUGGGGGUGCUUUUGCUUUGGCAGAGAAUAGAGAUCGUUUAAAUAAUAAUAUUGGGGAAUCAAAUGAUAAUAAUUUUGGGGCUGAAGCAUUUCUGCAACAAAGACGUAUUGAGGCAGCUGAAAUGCUUGGAAUAGAUGAAGAAGGAAAUGAAGAAAUAAAUAAAUUAAAUAAAAAUGAGGAAGAAAAGGAGGAACUAAAAAAUUUUGGAAAAAGUUUUGAGGUAAAAGGAAAUGAAAAUACACCAAUAGAAGAAGAAUUUAAUAAUAAAAUGCCUCAAAAUUCAAAACAAGAUGAACAAGAUAUAAGCAUUGAUGGAGAACAGGCUUUAUUAUUUAAUAAUGCUGCAGCUUUUAAAAUACCGUCUUUAAUAAAUGCCGAUGAACUAGAUGUUUUUGAUCCUUUAGAAAAUUCAAGGCCAACUAGCCAAAUUAGAAGACCAUCUACCGGAGUAACAAUAAAUUCUAUAACUACGCCCUCUUUUUCAAUUUCUCGAUAUCGACCAAUAUUAGGUUUAUCAUCAUUUACUAAAAAACCACCAUUAUUACCUUCAUCCUCUCCAUUUUUAACAACACAAAAAUAUAAUAAUUAUACAACAACAACCACACCAACAACAACAACAAAUAAAUUACCAAAAACAUUUCCAGUUAAAGUAGAAUUACCUGUUGCAAUUGCACAACGUUUAAGGCCUACACCUUCAAUUGAAUUUUUCUUUGAAUUUAAUAAUGAAGGAGAACAACAAAACAAACAAUUAUUAAAAUCAAAUUCAAUGUUGGAAAUGAUUAAUAAAAUUAAAAAAAUUAAUAGAGAAGAAGCUGAAAAAAGUAAAAAAGAGGAAGUUAAUAAUUUAAAAAAUAAUUUUAGAUUAAAUAAAUUUACAAAAACUACUAAUCAACCUGUUAUAACAACAACACCAAAAAUAUUAUUUACAACAAAAAUUUACAAAAAUUUAAUUCCAACCAAAAAUUUAACAGAAACAACAAAAACAACACAAAAAUAUAAAAUAUUACCAACAACAACAACAGCAAAAACAACAAUAGAAUUUUAUACAAUUCAACAACCUCCAACAACAAAAAUUAAUAUACCUUCUGUUCAACAAAAACCUAAAACAUUUGGAAUAACACAACAAAGAGUUGUUUGCCCUCCAUUAGAUAUUUUAUUUAUUGUCGAUUCAAGUGGUUCUGUUCACAAAAUUUACGAAGCCCAAAAAGAUUGGUUACAACAUUUAUUGGAAAAUAUUGAAUUAAAUGAUGAUUUAAAUGAAGAAAAUAUAAAUAAUAAUAAAAUAAAUUUAAAUCAAUUAUGUGGACAUCGAGUAGCUUUAAUUCAAUUUGCUAGUUCUGAUUUACAGAAAAUUGAAUGGGAGUGGGAUCAUUUUAGAAAAAAUUGGCAAAUGAUGGAAAAUUUUCAUAAAAACGUUAGACAUAUAACUGGAACAACAUAUAUUGGUCAAGCACUUAAACAAGCACUUAAAUUAUUAGAAGAACGUAGACGACAAGACGAUGCAAUUAAACAAGCAGAGGCUAUUAGAAGUUUACCUAAUUUACAAUUUUAUGCAUUAAGUAUUGGGCAACUUAGCAAUAUUGAAUUACUUCAUCGACUUGUUGAUAAUCCCUCACAUGUAUUUAUUGGAAAUGAAGCCUCAGAAUUAUUAAGGUUGCAACUUUUGAGAAGAAUUAGGUGUAACCAAUAA